CAGGUAGGUGGUUACAUGUUUCCUACCAUUUAAUAAAUUUUUCAACUUUGUCAUGUAUGUGUCCAUGUUGACUUCAGUCAUGCAAUAAAUUUUGUGCGUUCAAAAUAAAAUCCACAUCUUUUUGACAGGAAGAUCACCAUGGUUUUACCUCUUAUUUCUUAGUAUUUCACUUACUGUACUUUUUUAUUCAUCAACACAAAGGAGACAGGAGAAUUUUCAGCUUUGCCUACCCUACAUGUUAUACAAAAAGUGCUUUGGAAUAGAUUGGCAGUGACUAAGCCUUGUUUCAGUUUUUGCUUGAUUUCUGUCAUUGCUUUCUCUUUGAGGUACUCAGAAGUGGUUAACAGGUUUGGUUUGGUUUCUUUAAAACCACCUUUUAUUUAUUUUGUGCUGGGGAUCGAAUUCGGGACCUUCUGCUUUCGAGGCAGGCGUAAAACCACCUUUUAAAUGAUGAAAGAAACAUUGAGUAUAGUUGUUCCCUGUUUACUAUAUCCCUGUAAAGUUUUGGAUUUUCCAGGGGACAAUUUAUUACUUGGUGGGUUACUGCCCCAUCAUCUUAAAACAAGGGAAGUCACAGGCGUUGAUAAUCCUAUGAGCAUGUUAGCACAUAUUAGCUGAUCAAUUAGGAAGAAUUUAGAUAUUCACUGUACUGUGCCCUCCUCCAUUAGAUGUUAUAAGAAUUCUGGCCAAGGCAAAAACAGCAUGUGAAGUAAAGGCAUUUUGAGUGAUUGCAGCAAUGUGUGAUCCUGAAGGAAGUCCUCAGUUAUCUUACUUGGUAAAUUGGGUAUAAGGUACUCAUCUGUUUCUGAUAGGCUUUUUUUAUAGGGUUUACUGAAAUGAGGCCCAGUCAGCACAGUCCUUGGCAUGUGCAGUAAGUGCUCAGUGUUACCAUGCUGUUAAAUCAGUUGCAGCCCCUAUAAAAUGAAAGGAUUGGGCAGUUAAUGGUAUUUUUUUCAGUUUCAAGAGUUUGAGGUUCAUAUAAAUUAAUACCAAGAUAGGAAUGGCAAAGAUGUAAAAGGGGAAGCACAUACUUUGGAUUCAUGUGUCUAAAACAUAGGUGGUGAUUUUAUAUUAUAAUUUUACAAGUUCACAAAGUAGGCAUUAUCUUGAUUCUACAGGAAAUUGAAAAUUUUGGAAUAGUUGCAGUUUAACUGAUCUGCAUUGGGUUCAUUUCUUUUACUUUGUCUACAGUAUGAAUGUAUCUGGGAGCUAUGGGUUUAAAAUGUCAACUUCCACUUGAUCACUUUAUACUAGCAGAGUUGUACUUGUUAAUUCUUUAUGUAAUACAGUCUAGCAUGUUCGGUUUCAGAUAAUUCUGUCGAUAAACUAUCCCUAUGGAAGAUUAUCCUCAAAUAUUAUGUAUUUUCUCUAGUUUUUAGAAAGGGAAAAUUUUUUUUAAUGGUAGAGUUACUUUUAGGUUACCCUGAAAAUAAUGGUCCUGUACAAGGCAGUAUUUUCUCUGGAGGACAUUUUGUUUAUCCUACAUGUUCCACCUGUUUUAUUGGUAAAGUCCUUGAAAUCAUUGACCCAUGCUGUUUCUAUUUUUGAGACUUAGGAACUAUUUUCUCAUCAAGAUGUUCUCUUCAAUUUUCACACCUUGUGUGGGUUUCUGGAUUUCUCUGUACCUUUCAUACAUUGUUUUAGUCUCUAAGGUCCCAGUCCCUAGCCUGCUGAGCCAGUUUCAUAGGCUCAGCCAAAAUAAGAAAAUGAAAUGAAGGCACGGGUAGAUUUGAUCUGUUUAAGUUUAUGAGAGCUUGUGUUUACUUCUCUCUUGGCUGCCUAGUUUCAAUUCAUUUUAAACUUGGUUCCUGGCCCCUUUUAAAAAGUGAGUUUAGAAUCCCCGUAUUUCAAGAGAAACUAGAUGAAGUCCUCUAGCUUUAGUCUUCAAAGGUCACCCACAGUGAUGAGAGCUGGUUAGAAGUACAGAAUCUGGGCUGGGAGUAGUUCAGUGGUAGAUGUAUGAUGUCCCGAGUUCUAUCCCCAGCACAGCAUAAAGGAAAAGAGCUGGAGAAUCUUAGGCCCUGCCCUGGGAGCAGAAUCAGUUUCCAUUUUAUCAAGAUGACCAGAUGUUUGUACAUUUUUGAAUGGUACUGCUAUAUUAUCCUCUGGUUUAGUUUAGGGGGGGAAAAAAAAGUCAUUCAAAUAUUUUAGUCCCUACUGUGUUCCAAGGGUUCAGAGUUAAAAAUCAUAUUUUGGGAAUGUCUAAAAUUAGAAGCUGAAUGUGGUGUGAUGCAUGUCUUGUAAUCCCAGCACUUGGGAGACAGAGGCACAUACUGUAGUGAGUUCAAGGCCAGCAUGAUCUACAUAGUUGAAACCCUGUCUCAAAAGUAAAAAUAAAUACUAGGAGAAACAAUUUGUCAGAAUGAAUCCUCAAAGAAAAUAGGUUCAGCGUCUUUGGGACAUGAUGGAGUAGGCUUAGGAGGACUGCUCUGAGCUGUCUCUGUUGAGACAGAAUUCUGGAGAUGUACUGGAUUUAUCAUACACCAGAGCAUGAAGUUCUGGUGAGGGAGAGAAGAGGGUAGAGCUUGAAUUAUGAACUUCGCUUUUGUCUUAAAGUGGUACCAGGCAUUUGAAUCAUAAACCCAGGUGGGUAGGGAUUACUUUAAUACCUCUCUUCUUAUAGACAAGAACACAGUACAGAACAAUAGGAAAUGGAGCCAGAGUUCAAAUCCUGGUGGUCAAAGGAAAAGCACUCAAAUGAAGGGGAGGGCCGGGGAUUUAGCUCAGUGGUUCUGGCGCCUGCCUUGCAAGGGCAAGGUCCCAAAUUCGAUCCCCGGUACAAAAAAAAAAAAAAAAAGAAUGAAGGGGAGCGGUCACUACAGCAAUGAAAAAGAGAUGAGCUUUAGUAAGAGUAGAAAAUGCCCACUGGGUUUGGCAGUUGGGUCACUGGAUUAGUGCAGUUUUAAUAGGCAUGUGUGCAUGUCAGGUUAUGAGUUGGAAAGUAUGGGAAUUGAAAGAAUUGAGUCCACAUUUUGAAAGUCUGAAAGCCAAAACUGAUCUAGAUUUAAAUUUUGGCUGUCAUAUCUGUGAUACUGAGUUAACUCAGCUGUCAAAGGAAUCAUCUCAUAAAAUGGGACUGAGGCCUGCUUUGCAGGGUUGUGAGGUGAGGAUCAAACGAAAUUAAUGUGUGUUACAUGCAAAGAACACAGGUACUCCAAAAUCAGAUUAAGGUGGAGGGACAGUUUUGGGUUUUUUUGGUUUUGGUACCAGGGAUUGAACUCGGAUCCUUGUGCUUGCGAGGCAAGCAGCAGAACUACAGAGCUAAAUCCCUGGCCCAGGACUGCUUGUUUUUGAAGAGGAGAAUAUUUCUAAGUGAAGAAGCUACAGUCAAGAGAGGCCCACAGAGAAGGGUCUAUACAGAAGAAGGGUGGUUUGUGGUUUCACAGCUAGUGCUGUCUAUAGUGCUCACUCCUCAAACUCAGAAGUGAGCCCGAUUUCUGCUGGCAGUUUAGAGACUGCUAAAGCAUACUUCUGCCUAAAAGUGCAAUGAAGCACCUCCUGCAGGGGGUGCGGGAUUGAAGGUGAUUUAGAUGGAGUUGAUGGAGAUGGUGGGUGUGCUCAAACCCGGACAAGCCUCCUUGACUUGUACUUACCCGGAGGCUCUUGGCGACCCUGGAACCCUCUAGAUUUUCUUACCAUACGUGUGCAAGGCUCUCGAGGGAUUGCCUCGCCAUGUGCCCGCCUCCCUUACUCCAGCCACCGAAGAAGAACGUGCAGGUCCCCCCGCGCUGUGCGCUCUCGGGAGGCGGCAGCCUGUGCCUCCUAGCAACCGGAUGCUGCGCCGGGGAGAGUAGGGAGAGUCCAGGCCGUAAUGGAACAGCCGGUCAUCGCCAUCCCCUCCAACACAGUAUUAAGAGAAGACCUGAGGCAUGGAGAUCCGCUAGUGACUGCCUCGAAACCAAUGAGGAAGACUUCAUCUUUUCAAAGAGAAGAAUGGUGGAGAACAACAUUAACACUUCCCUCCGAGGAAUACUCUUAUCACUUGAAAACUUUUAUUGAAGAAUCCCUAUUAAAUCCAGUGAUAGCAACCUACAAUUUUAAAAACGAAGGAAGGAAAAAGCCACCUCUUGUGCAAAGAAACAAUCCAGUCAUAAAUGAUCUUCCACUGUACAAGCCUCCUGACUUCCUGGACCUGUUAAAGAUGGCCACAUACUCAUUCAAAGACCAGCCCCGACCAAGCCCCAGCACCCUACUUUACAAAGAUAAGUCACUUCGGCUUUCCCCGGGGCAGUAUGAGGUUCUUCCUAAACCAGUUCCCAAGUGCCCUUCCAGGAACUUCAUAUUUCGUUCUGCAGUUCAAAGAUUCCCAACCACCUAUUUCAUUCCUCGUGAAGGGCCAGGACCGGGCCACUAUAAUUUGAAAACACCUCCAACAAGUUCUGUUACUUCUUGUUUUCAAUCCAGAGUACCCCGGCUUUUGCCUAGUUUUUCAAAAACCCCAGGCCCAGGAGCGUAUGUGUCUGCCAGACAGUUCCCAAAGCAGUCCCCAGCCAUAGCCAGAAUGGGCCGAGAGCACAGCCUCUUCUUCAACAACAAUUGGCUUUUAAAAUAAAGCAGUCAUGACACCAAGCUACUUGGAGUUAUAGCAAGUUGUUAGGGUUACCAGACUGUACUUCGACUGUUCAUUAUAAGGAUUUGACCAUUGCAGAGCUGGGUCCCUUGGGCUCAAUUGCCUUAGUGUUGAGAGAACUCCUGGUCCCCUUGAAGUCUUCCUUGGGUCCUUGGCAUUAUACCAAGGCCACAUGGAGCCUAACAGUGUCCCAAAGGUGGCACUUUUCUUUUUUCAACUCCCUGAAAAGAACAGCAUUGAUUCAACCAAUGAGUACAGUCAUGUGCUAAAUGGUAACGUUCUGGUCAGUGACAGACCACAUAUAAACAGCAGUCCCUGAAGAAUAAAAUGGACCAGAAACAUUCUUACUGCCUAGUAACCUGGUAGCCCAAGGUAUUUACUCAAGGAUGAGUGAUGAGGCUGGGUGGACCAACUCUCUGGACUGCCAGUGUUGUAGCCUUGUGGCACAUACAGUUGUGUAUAGGGCACGUUUGAUCAUGACUAUUAGUGAUUGGUACCUAGAUUUACUGUACUAUACUGUUUUUUCUUUUGGCACUGGGGACCAAACCAAGGAUCUCCUGCAUGCUACUCCUUCUACUUACAACACCCUCAUUUGCUGUAAAACCGUAUACUGUGUUAUUCUGGCGACAGCCACCUGUGUCUCACGUUCACCUCUUCCCUCCAUCACACCAUUUUAUUUUGUGAUUGAUUUAAUUCUGCAUUGCUUUGUCCGCCAUGGCUGGAGGGACAACCAGCUACACCACAUAUAUAUCUGCCACAGGAGCCUCAGCGUGUAGCAGAUGUUACUAUCUGAUAGAUGUUACUGUCUGGCUUUGUGUUCACUCAAACAGCAAAAUCAACCAACGGCUUAUUCUCAGAACGUGUGUGACUGUCAUUCUGAUUUCAAGUCAGGGAAAAUGUGCAAGGUGCUGUGCUGGCUUGGGAAGUGGAGCUGGAGCUGGAAACAGAUGAACAGAGUUUGGGGAGGGGUCAAGGCCUGAAAGGAGAGCUCAAGAAGCCGAGAAGUCUGUCCCAAAGAGCCUCUGCAGGUCCCAGAGCUCGGGGACUGCUCUCACAUAGGUGAGGGCUCCAACGGGAAGAUGCUCACUAGUCUCAGGAAGCUGCUGGGUCAUUGUAGCCAGUACACAGCGAGUGUGCUGAUCCUGGGUGCACCAGCACCAGGGUAGCAUGGCUGUCGUCUAUCAAAGGGACCAGGAGGCUGAGACCAGCAAAGACGAAGGGAGAGGGCUAGGGCAACGACUGCCAUCUGGACAAAAGCCAAAGGAAGAAUGAACAUCUGUGGGUGGGAGCAGAAGGGCCUGGUCCAGCCUACAUUGAGAGUGCAAGCCAGGGUGUGGGAGCCUGACUGACUGGAAGCCUGGCAACCAGGAGGAGCUCUGCUCUGGGAGAGCCAGGGUAUGCAGAGGGUCAGGGGCUGGGAGGUGGAGCAGGUUCAGUCAUUCAUAAGUAACGAAGGAAAUUUUAAACAAUUAAAUGUUUAUAUUAUAUUUAAAAGAGGAAAAACCCAUGUCUCUUCCUUAGACUUACCAGCCCUUAUAAAAUGGGCACUAGGGUAGGGCAGGGAGAGCUCCCAUUCCCCUAAGUCACCCACUUUUGCAGGGGACUGUCGGAGACCAGAGGAGAAUUGAGGCCUAAUUGGCCUCCUCCGUGAGCACAAAGGAGAAAGGCUGCACUCAGGGGUGAUUGCACAUUGCAGACCCUAGG